CUGAGGCUUUGAGCGGCAGCUGGGGCGGCAGCUGGGGCGGCAGGUGAGGCGGCUUCUCUGUUCCCUGGCGGUGUCUGUGUGUCCACCUGGUGCCAGGUGCUCAGACCCGAGGGCAGGGGAGGGCGCUGGGCGUCACGGUAGCCCCGGGCGGGGCUCAGCUGCCGGAGGGCUCUCAGGACGGGCUCUGGACGCGGGUCCCAGCCUCGACUUUCCUCGAGUCUGCUCCCAGCCAGGCCCGGGCCUGCAGGAGUCCCUGCGGGGCCCAGCUGGGCCUGGAUGGAGCUUCUCCCGCUGCCGUCUCAGCCCUCACUGUUCCUGCUGCUGCUGCCGCCGCUGCUGGCCACGGGGUCCUGGCAGUGCCCGCACACCUCCUUCGCCGCCUUGCGCGAUUUUGACGUGGAGUACGAGGUGCCCAGCUUCUUGGCCGGAGCUCCGGUGCAGGCCAUAACGACCUACGAGGGCGGCGAGGACGGGAGUGCCGUGUUCGUGGCUACACGCAAUCGCCUGUACGUGCUUGGGCCUGGCCUGCAGCCAGUAGAGAGCCUGGCCACGGGCCCUGUUGGGGACCCUGGCUGCCAGACAUGCGCAGCCUGUGGCCCGAGCCCCCACGGCCCACAGGAAGACACAGAUGCACAGGUGCUGGUACUGGAGCCCGCGCUGCCCGCCCUGGUCAGCUGCGGCUCGAGCCUGCAUGGCCGCUGCUUCCUGCACGAGCUUCAGCCCGGAGGGACAGCCUUGCACCUGGCACCGCCAGUCUGCCUCUUCUCCGCCCACCACAACCGACCUGAGGAGUGCCCUGACUGUGUGGCCAGCCCUCUGGGCACCGUCGUGACCGUGGUUGAGCAGGGCCAUGCCUCCUACUUCUACGCGGCAUCCUCGCUGGACGAGUCGGUGGGCGCGAGCUUCAGCCCCCGCUCAGUGUCCAUCCGGCGCCUCAAGGCCGAUGCCUCAGGAUUCGCACCCGGCUUUGCAGCACUGUCAGUGCUGCCCCAGCAUCUGGCUUCCUACCCUAUCGAGUACGUGUACAGCUUCCGCGCCGGGGACUUUGUCUAUUUCCUGACCGUGCAGCGGGUCAGCGAGACAGCCCCCCCGGGCGCCUUGCACACGCGCCUGGCACGGCUCAGCGCUGCUGAGCCCGACCUGGACGACUACCGUGAGCUGGUCCUCGACUGCCGAUUUGCGCCCAAACGCCGGCGCCGCAGGGCCUCUGAGGGAGGACAGCCCUACCCGGUGCUGAGAGCCGCCCACACCGCUCCCGUGGGCAGCCGGUUGGCCACGGAGCUGAGCAUCACCGAGGGCCAGGAAGUUCUCUUCGGAGUCUUCACGGCUCAGAGCGACAGCAGCCCCGGUGUGAGUCCCAACUCUGUCGUCUGUGCCUUUCCCAUCGACCUGGUGGACACUCUCAUCGAGCAGGGUGUGAAGCGCUGCUGUGAGUCUCCUGUCCUCCACGGCCUGCAGCGAGGCCUCAACUUCUUCCAGUCGCCCAGUUUUUGCCCCAACCCGCCUCACCUGUCCCUGAGUCAUGCUGAAAACACCUGGAUGGCUUCCAGCGAAGGCCAGGCCCCUUUCACCGCCUCAAGUGAGGACCGAGUCCCAGUUCCCACCCACCCAGGCUACAGACGAAGAGUGUGUAGAGUUUCUGCGCCCAGCUCUGCACCCCCAGGGCUCCUGAUCAGCACCGAGCCUGGCCUGGAGGCCCCCAGCCACAACACCAGCUGCCAUCACUUCCCUCUGCUGGUCAGCGGCAGCCUAUUACGUGUGGACCUCUUCAACGGGCUGCUAGGACCAGUGCAGGUCACUGCACUGCACGUGACACGCCUCGACAAUGUCACAGUGGCCCACAUGGGCACAGCCGAUGGGCGCAUCCUACAGGUGGAACUGGCCAGAUCUCUCAACUACUUGCUGUAUGUGUCCAAUUUCUCACUGGGCAGCAAUGGGCAGCCCACGCAACGGGAUGUCAGUCGCCUUGGAGACCACCUGUUCUUUGCCUCUGGGGACCAGGUCUUCCAGGUACCUAUCCAGGGCCCUGGCUGCCGCCACUUCCUCACCUGUGGGAGUUGUCUGCGGGCACAGCGUUUCAUGGGCUGUGGCUGGUGUGGAGACAUGUGUGGCCGGCAGAAGGAGUGUCCUGGCUCCUGGCAACAGGAUCAUUGCCCACCUGAGCUUACUGAGUUCUACCCGCAGAGUGGACCCCGAAGGGGCAGCACAAGGCUGACCCUGUGCGGCUCUAACUUCUACCUGAACCCUGCUCCUCUGGUGCGUGAGGGCACCCAUCAAGUCACCGUGGGCCAAAGUCCCUGCCGAUUGGACAGUUCAAACCUCAGACCCGUGCCCCGGAAAAACCUUGUAGAGGAGCUUGAGUGUGAGGUGGAGCCCUCGGACAUGCAGCCAGCUGGACCAGCCAAUAUCAGCCUCACCGUGACCAACAUGCCCCCAGGCAAGCACUUCCGGAUAGAUGGCACCUCCAUGCUACAAGGCUUCUCUUUCAUGGAGCCAGUGCUGACAGCAGUAAAACCCCUCUUUGGCCCACGGGCAGGGGGCACCCGCCUCACCCUUGAAGGCAAGGGCCUGUCUCUAGGCACCAGCCAGGCUGUGCUGGUCAAUGGGACUGAGUGCCCACUGGAACGGGUCAUCGAGGGGCAGCUUUUAUGCACCACGCCCCCUGGGGCGGCUACGGCCAGCGUUCCCAUUCACCUGCAGGUGGGGGGCGCUGUGGUGCCUGGCUCCUGGAACUUCCACUACCGGGAAGACCCUGUUGUGCUGGGCAUCAGCCCCAACUGUGGCUACAUUGGCUCCCACGUCACCAUCCGUGGCCAGCAUCUGACUUCGGCGUGGCGCCUAGUGCUGUCAUUCCAUGAUGGGCUUAGGGCAGUGGAAAACAGGCAGUGUGAGGGGCAGCUCCCGGAGCAGUACUCGUGCCACCUGCCCGAAUAUGUGGUCCGAAGCCCCCAGGGGUGGGUGACGGGGAACCUGAGCGCCCGGGGGGAUGGAGCUGCUGGCUUCACGCUGCCAGGCUUUCGCUUCCUGCCCCCACCACAUCCACCCAGCAUUGACCUGGCUCCACUGAAGCCUGAGGAGCAUGCCAUUAAGUUUGAGUAUAUUGGGCUGGGCGCGGUGGCUGAUUGUGUGGAUGUGAACGUGACCAUGGAUGGUAAGAGCUGCCAGCAUGAGCUCCGGGGAGAUGUGGUCAUCUGCCCCCUGCCCCCCUCCCUGCAACUCGACAAGGACGGUGUCCCCCUGCAGGUCUGCGUGGAUGAUGAAUGUCACAUCCUGGGCAGGGUGGUACGGCCGGGCCCGGAGGGGGUCCCCCAGGGGCUACUCCUCGGUCUCCUGCUGGCCCUGCUCCUGCUUGUGGCUGUGCUGGCCGCUGCGCUGAUCUUCAGCUACUGGCGGAGGAAACAGCUAGGCCUUGGCGGUCUGCCCACACCCCCUGGGUACAGGGCAGCCUCUAGGAGUUUGGAGAGGCUGGCCACCAAGGGCUGUCUUUCCACAGUCCUCUCUCUAAACCCAGGCGACCUGGUGUCCUUGGACUGGAGGGCCGGAGCCGUGCCCUUGCCUGUGCUCCGCUUGGGCUCUGACUACAGAAAUGGCCUUGCAGCCCCUGACGCCGAUGGUCCGGAUGGUCCGGAUUCCACCACCCGGGACUACAAAGCGUCCUCCGCAGACAGUGGGGAUGGGUCCUGCGUCCCACUGCUGCGGACAGCGUCCAUCCAGCUUGGGGACUUGGACUCUGCGCUCCUGGCCGAAGUCAAGGAUGUGCUGAUCCCCCAUGAGCGGGUGGUCACCCACAGUGACCGAGUCAUUGGCAAAGGCCACUUUGGAGUUGUCUAUCAUGGAGAAUACAUAGACAAGGACCAGAAUCGAAUCCACUGUGCCAUAAAGUCGCUGAGUCGCAUCACGGAGGUGCAGGAGGUAGAGGCCUUCCUGCGCGAGGGGCUGCUCAUGCGCGGUCUGCACCACCGAAACGUGCUGGCUCUCAUCGGUAUCGUGCUGCCACCAGAAGGGCUGCCCCGUGUGCUACUUCCCUACAUGCGCCAUGGAGACCUGCUUCAGUUCAUCCGCUCUCCCCAGCGGAAUCCCACAGUGAAGGACCUCAUCAGCUUUGGCCUUCAGGUAGCCCGCGGCAUGGAGUACCUGGCAGAGCAGAAGUUUGUGCAUAGGGACUUGGCUGCUCGGAACUGCAUGCUGGACGAGUCAUUCACUGUCAAGGUGGCUGACUUUGGCCUGGCCCGCGACAUCCUGGACAAGGAGUACUACAGCGUUCGACAGCACCACCAUGCUCGCCUCCCUGUCAAAUGGAUGGCGCUGGAGAGCCUGCAGACCUACAGAUUCACCACCAAGUCUGACGUGUGGUCGUUUGGUGUGCUGCUAUGGGAGCUGCUGACACGGGGCGCCCCACCAUACCCCCACAUUGACCCUUUCGACCUCACUCAAUUCCUGGCCCAGGGUCGGCGCCUGCCCCAGCCUGAGUAUUGCCCCAAUUCUCUGUAUGCUGUGAUGCAUCGCUGCUGGGCCUCGGACCCGGCGGUGAGACCCACCUUCGCGGUGCUGGUGGAGGAAGUGGAGCACGUGGUGGCCAGGCUGCUCGGGGACCACUACGUGCAGCUGCCUGCAGCCUACGUGAACGUGGGCCCUGGUGCCUCGGAUGAGGCCAGCAAGCCCCUGGGGCAGUCGCAGACCACGCCUGUGCACAGGAGCAUGGGUCGGCCCCGGCCUCUCUCAGAGCCAUCACAGCCCACGUGACCCCAGCCCUAGGCAGGCCCCAGGGACCGGCCCUGCCUAGCAGCCAGGGAGUUCGUCCCAACCUGCCUCUGGGCCCUGCCAGGCCUGGGGCAGCCCAAGCUGGCCUCUGUCCUGUCUCUGCCCCUGAACCUUCAGGGGCGACCCGAGGGAGCAGGGCCUCUUGGCCCCUCACUCCACAGAGGGAGCAGUGGGGUGAUCCUCGAUGCAAUGAGUGUUUAUGGGGUAUCCGGUGUGUGCCCGACCUGCUGGGCACAGGAGACUCAACAGUGACCGCACAGGCACUGGCCCUUGAACUAGUAAAUGAACAAACGGA